AGAACAUAAACCUUGUAAUUGUAAGAAAAGUAAAUGUUUGAAAUUAUAUUGUGAUUGUUUUGCUAUUGGAAAAUUAUGUUCUUCAAAAUGCAAUUGUUGUGGAUGCUUUAAUAAUACUUCUAAUUUACUUGAAAGAAAUUCCUUUAUUCAAAAGAUGAUUGAAAGAAAUCCAUAAGCAUUCAAUUAAAAAGUAUAAGAAGUUGAAUCUAAAAUGACACAUACAAAAGUAAAUCUAUAUUAAAAUAGAAUUUAGGGAUGUAAUUGUAGAAAAAGUGGAUGCCAAAAAAAAUAUUGUGAAUGUUAUUAAAUGGGAAUAGAAUGCUCUGAUAAUUGUAAAUGUGAUGGAUGUCUAAAUUGUAGUUCAAAUACAUUCACAAAAUAAUAAGAUACAUCUUAAUACUCAUUAAAUCGUAAACUUAAUUUUUGA